UUCAGCCCCUCAGCCAGCUAUGGCUGCUCGGCCCCUUGCCCUCCGAAUUCCCUCCGCCUUUACUCCGAUCACCCGCACUCCUUCCCCAAUCCCCCGCAUUCGCCGCUCCGCUUCCGCUUGCGCGCUCCCUCGUACCUCUCCGCGCAGCUGCCGAUCGCGCACCAUCCGCGUCCCUCCGCCGUCCGCGCAUUCUCCGUCGUCCGUCGCGUGCUUCCCCUCGCCUCUCCGCCGCCCAAUUCCGCCAGCCCACCGCGCCUCCCCCGCAGGAAAAUCCGCCCCAGGAGGAGCCUUGUCGCGCGCGGCGAUUGUUCAUUACUGCGCUUGCGAUCGCCGCCACCGCAGCGGGGUGGCGCGCGCAACAGCCGCAAUGGCGGAGGCGGGGGGGCUAAUGGCGGGAGAAGGGGGGCAGCUGAGCAGCAGAGAGCGCAGCGGCAGCGAGUGGGGUGGCGGCGGCGGAGGCAGGGUGAGAGUGCGGCGGGUGGGGGAGAACCCCACCGAGAUAAUCGAUCUGCCCGCGCUGCCCGCGGAGACACACUCUCCCGCGGAUGACCGCAGCGGCUCUCCCCGCGCCCAACCCUCACCAGCAGACCGCGCAGCGGCAGCGGCAACGGCAGCCGCGGAUGGCAUAGUGGGGGAGAUCCGCAGCAGCAUCACCGGCGCGUCUUCCCCCGGGUUACCCCCGCCCGCCGUGCUAGUGGUGCCUGGGAAUCCCGGCGUGUGCGCGUACUACGAGGACUUUGCGCUCGCGCUGCACUCCGCGCUCGGCGGAGCUGCGCGCGUGGUGGUGGUGGGACACGUGGCGCACACUGAGCGGGAGAUGGAGGACGGGCGGCUGUACUCGUUACAGCACCAGAUUCAGCACAAGAUCAGGUUCGUUCAGGAAGAAGCGGCUGCUGCUGCUGCAGGAGAGGAUGGGGAGAACCAAACCGCGUACCAACAACAAGGACAGCAGCAGCAGCAGCAGCAGCAGCAGCAGCGGUGGAUAGUGGUGGGGCAUUCCAUCGGCGCGCACAUAGCAGUGGAGAUGCGGAGGCACCUCCCCACCCACGUGGCCCACGUGGUGGGGCUCUUCCCCUUCCUGGCCUUCAACCACCACUCCGACCAGCAGCGCCGACUCAAGCUCGUGGCGUCGCUCACGCCGCUGCUUGCAGUGGUGGCGGCGCUGCUGCAGGUGCUGAGGGCGCUGCCCACAGGGGUGAAGCGGUGGGCGGUGCGGCGUGGCGUGGGGAAGGCUUGGAGCAGCAGCGCCGUGCAUGUGACUGCCACUGCCAUGCUCAGGUACGGCAUGCUGCGCAACUAUGCCUACAUGGGCCACACGGAGUUCAUCUAUUUCUCUCAGCGCGAGUUCGACUGGGCGUUCCUGGGUAGCAAUGCGCCGCACUUCACGUUCAUAUUCGGCCGCGACGACCACUGGGGCCCUCUGCACUUGCACCAGGAGAUGCAGGAGAGGGUGCCGCAGGUGGCGGCGUAUGUGGAUGAGGAGGGCCAUGAGCACACCUUCUGCUGCACCGACAAGGGUGCCAGCAGCAUCGCAACGCAUGUCGCCAAGCUGCUGCGCUCGCGAGGCACACUUGCCGCUCUUUAGGCGGUCCAGCAGCAGUUGCAUGGCAAGCGCUUCAGCUUGGGUCAAGCAACGAGUAUCAUGGUCGUGUGCACGCACUUGUGUGCCAGAGCGUGCGUGCGUCCACCGGCCCGGAACAUUUCUCAAAGCUGAUAGUUGUUUUAUCCUUUUGUUAUGCCGAGGACGGAUGCCUCAAGGAGCCGUAGAAGCAUGGGAGGGAGAUUAGGGAGACCACUGUCCUACUCAAGUUUUGGAUCCACAUUUUGUGUGUUCAGGGCUUGUGUGCUGUUAGGGAAACCACUGUCCACUGGUGGAUUGAGUGGUGCACACUUAUUCCAGCA